GUUCGUGCGGUUCGGUUGUGCGCGCGCUCGCAAUACAACGACGUUCCGCAUACAUAGUCUGUCUCUGCCUCAACCUGUGUUACCUGUGUUUGGUGUUUGAUGUGUCUGUGUGCGUAAUUCCAUAUAUUUUGUCUGUUUGUACGUACGAAGUAACGAAAAUCACAUACCAAAGGCUAUGCAAAUGCGUUGCCAACGUUACGCACGCGUAGAAAUACAAAACCCAAGUGCUAACUCGUAUUCAUAUAAAAAAGCCGCAAAGUGAUUUAUAUCAGGCCGAACCGCGCGCCAAGUGAAAGUGCAACAAAUACAAUCACACCAAAACUAAGCUGCGUCAAAUAAAACGUAUUAAUUAUUUAAAAAAUAGGCAAAAACCAAAUUGCUCAACUACCUGUUCUACAGAAGUCCGUCGGACGCAUCAACAGCAGCAGUAAGAGAAACAGCAGAUCAAAGAGAGGUGCGCAACAAAUACAAGAAAUCUAACUGUUGCUUCUUCGUUGUCUCCGUGUAUGCGCAGUGAGCAGCUUUGGCAGUAUGGCGCCCAUGCCACGCAUUCAAUUGGCCAAUAACAAUGCGGCCAUAAAAGCCACAACCAACAAUUUUCUGUAUGCCGAAACAAUUUCCGGCGACAGCAGCCCAACACCCAGCAGUCCGCCUUCGAGCACAGCUGGCGUUGCCAAAUCACAGUGCUCCUCCCUGUCGGAUGGUGAAUCCUUUGAGGGCUACGGCGAGAACGAGUACAGUGUUCAGCUGCGUGCGGCGGGCAGCAACAACAAUGGCAACAGCAGCGGCAGCAACAGCCACAGCAUUAACAAUGGCAACAACACUCACCAUCACAGCAUGAACAACGGAUCAGUGCAUGAGCACAGUGGACACUCAAAUGACGGCAAUAACAAUCUGGAUGAUACGGCUGGCAUUGAGCUCGAUCUGGCGCCUCACGUUGUCUCAUCCUCGCCCAAGGAUGACGAGGAGCUCAACAUUAUGCCCCGCGACAACUGGGCCAGACGCAGCCUGAGACGCACACCUACAAGCAAUCCCGAUAGUUUGCCCCAGCGUCGUUGGGGCUCCAUGAGAAACUCCGGCCGCAGGCAAAUAAGUUCCAAUGCCUUAGCCAGCCAAUUGUACAGAUCAUCGAGUUUCAACUCUUCCGGCCGUAGCUCUAACUGUGAUACAACUGAGGAUAUGUACAGCGAUAUAAGCCUCGAAAAUCGUCAUGAUUACGAUUAUAGGCUGGAGCUGCUGCAGCGCAAGGUGGACGAUCUGUCAGAUACGCAAAAUAUAGCCGAGGAUCGGACGACGCGCACAAAGACUGAAUAUGCGGUGCUCCAGGCGCGCUAUCACAUGCUCGAGGAGCAGUACAGAGAGUCGGAGCUGCGCGCCGAGGAACGUUUGGCCGAGGAACAGAAACGCCAUCGUGAAAUUUUGGCCCGUGUGGAACGCGAAGCCUCGCUGCAGAACGAGAACUGCCAGAUAAAGAUCAAAGCCACCGAGAUCGAGGCGAAUGCACUGCGCGAUGAGGCGCAACGGUUGCGUGUCUUGUGCGAUAAACAGGCCAACGAUUUGCAUCGCACCGAGGAGCAGCUGGAGCUGGCACGCGAUCAGAUUGCGGCGCUGCAACAGGAGUGCGAUGAGCAAAUGCAAACGGUGCGCCGCUACGAGCAGGAAAAGAAGUCCACCGAGGAGCUGAUGCUCGAGCUGAGUCGCGAGCUGCAGCGCCUUCGCGAGGAGAACGGGGCGCGUGCCAUGCCCACCACAUCACCCGAGAGCAUAAGACUGGAGGAGCUGCAUCAGGAGCUGGAGGAGAUGCGUCAAAAGAAUCGCUCACUCGAGGAGCAGAACGAGGAGCUGCAGGCCACCAUGCUGACGAAUCAGGCCACCAUGCUGACAAACGGCGUGGAGCAGGGCCGCAAUCUGCUGAAUGGCACGCUCAACAAUUUGGCCCAGGAGCUGGAGGAGAUGUCACAAGCUCAGGAUUCUGUGGAUUCAGCCACAUUAGCAUCCUUAAGUCAGCUGCAACAGGCCUUCCAGGAAAAGGAAGAUGAAAAUGUGCGACUCAAGCACUAUAUCGAUACGAUCCUACUCAACAUCGUGGAGAACUAUCCCCAGCUGCUCGAAGUGAAGCCAAUCGAGCGCAAAUGAAGCCGCAACUUUAUGAAGUGAAAUGAAGAGAAAUAUAUAUUAGCCGGAUACUACUCUCUGGACCACCUUUAACCUUUACUCA